CAGUGAGUGCUCACGAUGCGUUUUUCCUGGGGAGGCGGCCUCGGAACCCGGCGCCUGCUGCUUCCGCUUCUGCUCCUCGCAGCCUGGGAGGCCGGGAGCGGCCAGGUCCACUACUCCGUCCCCGAGGAGGCCAAACACGGCACCUUCGUGGGCCGCAUCGCGCAGGACCUGGGGCUGGAGCUGGCCGAGCUGGUGCCGCGCCUGUUCCGGGUGGCGUCCAAAGGCCGCGCGGACCUUCUGGAGGUGAAUCUGCAGAACGGCAUUUUGUUCGUGAAUUCUCGGAUCGACCGCGAGGAGCUGUGCGGGCGGAGCGCGGUGUGCAGCAUCCACCUGGAGGUGAUCGUGGACAAGCCGCUGCAGGUUUUCCACGUGGAGGUGGAGGUGAAGGACAUUAACGACAACCCGCCGGUGUUCCCGGUAAAGGAACAAAGAAUGCGGAUUUACGAAUCUAGGUUGCCAGAUUCUCUGUUUCCACUGGAGGGCGCGUCUGAUGCCGAUGUUGGCUCAAAUUCCAUCUUAACUUAUAAACUCAGUUCCGGCGAAUACUUCGCGCUAGACGUGAAAAGAAACAGCGAUGAUAUUAAACAGAUUGGGCUUGUGUUAAGGAAGUCUUUGGACAGAGAGGAAAUACCCGAACAUAACUUACUCCUGACGGCCACCGACGGAGGCAAACCUGAGCUCACCGGCACUGUUCAGCUGCUCGUCACCGUGCUGGAUGUGAACGAUAAUGCUCCCUGUUUCGAACAAUCUGAAUAUGAAGUGAGAAUAUUCGAAAACUCUGACAAUGGAACAGUAGUUAUCAGACUUAAUGCUUCUGAUCGGGAUGAAGGAGUGAAUAAGGAAAUUUCGUACUCAUUUAAUAGCCUUGUUUCAUCCAUGGUUUUUGCCCAGUUUAGCAUAGAUUCAAAUACUGGAGUAAUAGUAAUUCAAGGGAAUUUGGAUUUUGAACAAAGAAAUUUGUAUGAAAUCCGCAUUGACGCUACGGACAAAGGUCACCCACCGAUGGCAGGUCAUUGCACCGUUUUGGUGAAAGUUUUGGAUAAAAAUGAUAAUGCCCCUCAGAUUGCAUUAACUUCGGUAUCCUUGCCUGUCCCAGAGGACGCUGAGCUGGGUACUGUCAUUGCCCUGAUCAGAGUGUCUGAUCUGGACUCUGGUGAUAAUGGGCAGGUGACCUGCUCUCUGGCGCCCCAUGUCCCAUUCAAACUUUUGUCCACAUUCAAGAAUUACUACACUCUGGUGUUAAAGACUGCCCUGGACCGUGAAAAUGUGUCAACCUAUGAUUUGGUGGUGACAGCACGGGAUGGGGGUUUACCGUCCCUGUCGGCCACAACCAGCGUGUCCGUGGAGGUGGCUGACGUGAAUGACAACGCGCCUGCGUUUGCACAGCCAGAGUACACGGUGUUCGUGAAGGAGAACAACCCACCGGGCUACCACAUAUUCACGGUGUCAGCGCGCGACGCGGACUCGCAGGAGAACGCACUGGUGUCCUACUCACUGGUGGAGCGGCGGGUGGGCGAGCGCACGCUAUCGAGCUACGUGUCGGUGCAUGCCGAGAGCGGCAAGGUGUACGCGCUGCAGCCGCUGGACCACGAGGAGCUGGAGCUGCUGCAGUUCCAGGUGAGCGCGCGCGACUCGGGCUUCCCGCCUCUGGGCAGCAACGUGACUCUGCAGGUGUUCGUGCUGGACGAGAACGACAACACGCCGAAGCUGCUGCCGUCUGGGUCGGGUGGCGUGGGCGGCGCAGUGAGCGAGCUGGUGUCAAGGUCGUUGGGUGCAGGCCAGGUGGUGGCGAAGGUGCGCGCAGUGGACGCCGACUCGGGCUACAACGCAUGGCUGUCGUAUGAGCUGCAGCCGGCAUCAGGCGGUGAGCGCAGCCCGUUCCGCGUGGGUCUGUACACGGGCGAGGUGAGCACAACGCGCGCACUGGAUGAGGUGGACGCGCCACGACAGCGCCUGCUGGUGCUGGUGAGGGACCACGGGGAGCCGCCUCUGGUAGCCACGGCCACCGUGCUGGUGUCGCUGGUAGAUAGUGGCCAGGCACUGAAGACGUCGUCACGGGAGUCGUCGGGUUUCGCCGGCCCGGAGGUGGCGCUGGUGGAUAUCAAUGUGUACCUGAUCAUUGCCAUCUGUGCAGUGUCCAGCCUGUUAGUGCUCACUCUGCUGCUGUACACCGUGCUGCGGUGCUCGGUGCCGCCCACAGAGGGAGCGUGCGGGCCGGAGAAGCCCACGCUGGUGUGCUCCAGCGCGGUGGGGACCUGGUCGUACUCGCAGCAGAGGCGGCAGAGGGUGUGCUCUGGGGAGGGGCCGCCCAAGACUGACCUCAUGGCCUUCAGCCCCAGCCUUCCGCCAUGUCCUGUUGCAGCAGAUAUGGGCGAGCAUCAAGACUUAAAUGAGGAUCAUUGUGCCAGAGUAAGUGUGAAUUUUCAUACUUAACAAUUAUUUAUUUGGAAUUUUCACAAUUCUUUCUCC